CACGUAAAACGUACGCUGCGACGUCGCAGCUGCAGCUGGCUUGUUUCAGUGAACAUCUUCAAAUAUUUGUGUGCAUUGCAUUCACAAUUUAUACGUUUUCUAAGUAAUAAUCAAGCUAUAAUCCACCGCCUUAUCAAGUGCAUCUUUUCGGAGAUGUCUGGGCGUGUGUGCGCCAGCAUCCUUCAGAGAGCUUACUGCUCACGGAUCUCCUCUGCAACUGCCUCAUCUCAGUGUUUCCAGCUUGCAGCAUUUUUAUCCAAGCACACGACUAAACACAAUCAGCACUGUUACUUUUCAUCAUGGAUUAACGGAACUGACCAGACGAGCUGCACUAGUGAAAAAUACCAAAUUACAACUCCGAGAGCACGCAGCUUUUCAACCCGUCAGGAUUUGGAGUUUCAACUCAGCCAGGUGCAAAUCAACAGCCUCCUCAGAUCAAAUGAGCAGAGUGUAAGUGUGCCAGAGUUUGAUGGCAGGGGUCUCAGCUCUGUGAGGAAGUUUGAGAGCAACCAGGUAGCUGCCAAUACUCCUAAUGAGGAUCGCCGCAGUGCUGCCACAUGUCUACAGUCAAAGGGGAUGCUUUUUGGAGUGUUCGAUGGCCACGGGGGCUGGGCAUGUGCUCAGGCGGUCAGUGAGAGAUUGCUGUACUACAUUGCUGUCGCAAUGAUGCCAAAACAGAACCUGGAGGAGUUGGAGCGCUGCAUGGAACAGGGCAGAGCUGUUCCUCCCAUACUACAGUGGUAUAAACAUCACUCGGAUUAUAACUACAGAGAGUCAGCGUCACUCUACAUUGAACACCUGCGUGUUUUCUGGCAAGAGCUUCUAGACAGUGAAGAACAUAGUAAAGGCUUGAGCCCUCCUGAUGCCUUGGAUCGGGCCUUCAGAAGACUUGAUACUGACAUUUCUUUGGAGGCCCAGGUUCCUCUUUCAAACAGUUUGAUGAAAAGCACAGCCAUUCAGGUUGCAUUUGCUGGCUGCACAGCAUGUGUGGCUCAUGUUUGCCCAGAUGCUAUCCACGUGGCCAAUUCAGGGGACUGCAGGGCUGUGUUAGGAGUUCAAGAAGAAGAUGGUUCAUGGAGUGCUCAGCCUCUUUCCUGGGACCACAACUCCCAGAAUCCUUCAGAGGUGGCGCGGAUAAGAGCCCAACACCCACAGUCGGAGAGAGAUACAGUGGUAAUGGAUGACCGACUACUUGGGAUUUUGAUGCCAUUGCGGGCCUUCGGUGAUGUGAGGUUUAAAUGGAGUCUUGAGUUACAGCAGAGCAUCAUUUCUAGCCUGGAGUCCACUGUGGACCUGGACUCUCUGAACCUGUACAACUAUGUCCCUCCAAACUACCUGAGCCCGCCCUAUCUGGACGUGUCUCCUGAGAUAACCUAUCACAAGCUGCGGCCUCAGGACCGCUUCCUCAUUCUGGCCACAGACGGACUAUGGGAUGAACUGUCCAGUGAAGAGGCUGUUCGCCUAGUUGGGGAACAUCUCAGUGGGAUUCACCGGCAGGCCCCAGUUACUCAGACGGAGAGACAGUUGAAGUUGGGUAAAUUACAUGAGCUCUUACUGAAGAGGCGCGCUCGAGCAUCCCCAGCUCUGGACACAAACGUGGCCACACACCUCAUCAGACAGGCCUUGGGUAAAGGAGACUAUGGAGAGCUGUGCCAGGAGAAACUAGCGUCUAUGCUCUCCCUGCCCGAAGACCUCGCCCGCAUGUACCGAGAUGACAUUACUAUUACAGUAGUAUAUCUCAACUCUGACCUGGCCAGACCUCAUCAUAGCUAAAGUAGGUUAGGAGGUAGGAACAUCAAGGGACUUGAAAAUUCAGAGUCGUUAUCUGUAUAUCUAUUUUCAGAAAGCAUAUAGUCUAUAGUUCGAAUCCCUUGUUUAAUGCAUGUUACGUUUACAAAAAGUGCCUGAAAAGUUACACAUUUGGAUUUACCAGACAUUUUGACAAUCACGAAGAAAGAAACUUGCGUUUUGUCUUAGCGUAGUUUGUCCUGUUGUAUGUUUGCCCUGUAUUUAUGUAAAAAACUAAUAUUUUAGUAUGUAACAAUCUGUUGUUUGUGAGAUGACUGUUUUAUUGAAAAUAAAUCAGAUUAUUUUUGGUAUAUGGCC